AUGGAAUCAUUUCUCGCUCCUUAUUCAGUGGAUAAGUGCCCAAAGGACUACGACGAGUACAAGUUCACGCUACCGGAGCUGUACCGCGAUUUAGCAAAGGAGGAACUCCGAGAAGAUGACAGCGUUCGCGAGAAAGCCCUCGCGGAAAUGCGCCAAUGGAUCGUGGAAAACCCGCACAUCCGCAAAUGUCGCACGGACGCAAAGUUUCUGCUCCGAUUUUUACGAUUUCGACAAUUCUCGGUCCCAAUGGCGUGCGAAGCCCUGGAGCGAUAUCUGGCCGUUCGUGAGCUGUACCCGAGCUGGUUUAAAAAUCUGGACUGCAACGAACCGAUCAUGAAGGAAAUAUUUCACAAUGCACCCUUCACCCUACUCGGUUGGGACGACGCAGGACAGCUGGUGGGACUUUCGCAGUUUAAACAUUUUGACGGCGAAAAACAUGCCCCCUUCCAAGAUGGUCGAUUCAUGGUCAUGCUAAUGGAAACGAUGCUUGAGUGCGAAGAGUUCCAGAUCGGUGGCUGUCAGGAGCUGCUCGACUUUACUGGCAGUACCGUGCAGAACUUCGAGAAAUGGAGCACAACCGAUCUGAGGAUCAUGAUGGAGACGUACAGCUUCGUCUAUCCGCUGCGGUACACCUCGAUCCAUUCGGCCGCGUUGCCUAAGUACGGCGUUCCCACUAUCGAUACGUUUAUGGCGUUCGCUAACCCGAAAAUGCGCGAAAAAGUCUACUGUUACUCGACGGUUGCGGAACUGGAAAAACACAUCCCACCCCAGCUGAAACCGAUCGAAUAUGGCGGCAAGGCAGAUAUGGAAGAGUUGAAACGGACGUUGUGGAAACGGGUGGAGUCUCAUCGUGAGAUUGUGCUGGGGCUCGAUCGAAUGGAGAUCGAUGUGGAGCAUUAUGCGUGUCUGUGGAACAUAGAGGGAGCCUCUCCAAGCGAGAUUGCAGCUGGUCCCAUGUUUAAGCAGUUGAACAUUCAUUAA